AUGUUCCAGGCAAUGCAAUCUCAAAGUCAAAGAUGUCAAAGAUGGACUAGCUACCCCUCACAACGUGGAAAACCUCAAGGAAUGACACCAUCCAAAGGAAACAAUUUUAUGGAGAAAAAGAACAAAUUGGAGACGUUGGUAUCUCGCUGGAAAACUGGCAAGAAGGAGACCAAACAAAAAAGAAAUAGACGCAGUCCCCAAAACGAAGUGGAAAGCGAGGACGCAGCUGCAGGGGAUCCUCCGCUAAAAAAAGUGCAUGCUGCUCCCGUCUCCACAGAUGAAGAAGAAAAUGAAUCUGUCCAACCACCGAAAGAGGAGCUGUCUGAGGAAAUGAUGAAUAAAGAUGAAUCAGUUCUUGAGCCUGAACCAAAAUUAGAAGAAGUUGAGUCGGAAACUGCACAAUCUCAACCAAAUGUUGCUUCCUCCGAAGUGUGUGAACAAGUGGAAACGAAAAUUGAGCCUAUUGAAGAGUCCCAAACUAUUCCGUGCAUCAGCCAACAAGUCCCGAUAGCGGAUGCUCCGGCACUAGAGCGAGAGCCAAAAGAGGAACCACUUGGCGAAUUCAGCGAAGAAUCUAAAAUUGAUGAGAUGCAUAAUCAACCGAAAUUACAAACCACGGAGGAGGAACAUCAAGUCACUAAUUACGGCACAAAACCAGCACACCAUAACCACACUGAUUCUGUUGGACAAUCGUCAUCUCCAGAUUCCUUCUCAAGUGACUUUUCAGAAACUAGUGGAACGGAGAAUCAACCGAAAAUUGAACCAGAAGAUGAUCUCGAGAUUGAUGUCUGUGACGAUAAGAAUCCAACUCCGCCGAUAGCUGAGUAUCACACUAUGUCAAAUGUUAUUCCAAAUGAUGCCUCGACUGUUUUAGACAAUAGAUAUCAUGGUGUUUACCCUGUCGAAGAGAAACCUGUGCCACUCGUCAAUACUUGUGUCGAGAAUCGCCUAGAAAAAGAUUACAUAGGUUGGGAGUACCCGAAGAGAAAGAAAUGCCCAACCCCCGACUAUGAAAAACACUCUUAUGGCCUCCGUAAGCAACCGAAAGUCAAAUACUUCACAGAUGAAUAUCAGACUGUACCUGAAUACUUAUCAAACGGAAAAUAUGAUGACAAUCAACCAUCCACAUCAUCUGAAGGGUAUGAAACCGUGAUAUACUAUGAGGAGCCAACUUAUUUAUCUGGCGACAAUGGCCAAAUGUAUGACAGUGAGUAUGUAGUUGUAUCAGAAGAAGUUGUUAUGCACCCGGAAGAAGUUUUGCAUCCGGAAGAAAUUUCACGACGUGAAGAAGUUUACGAUGAUGAAGUGAACAUGAAUCAGUGUAAUCCGGACCAUCAUGCUAGACCUGAAAUCAAAGGUGGCCGAAGGUGUACGCUAUGUUUCAAUGUCCAAUAUCGAGAAAACAUGAGAGCAGUUUCAACAAAAAAUGAUACAUCAGUUCUCCUUAUUCCACGAAUACUCGAGGGUCAUCUUAGUAUGGAGCAAGCAAAGAGUCUGCUAGUGAAAAAGCAGCAUUACGUAUGUCGGAAUCAUUUCCAGGAGUCAGUGGAGAUACUCUGCAAUGCUUUGCGCAUUGAAUUAACAUCUGAUCUUGCUCGAGCUCCAUCGAAAGAAUUGGUGAAUAUUGUGAACGAACUCCGACCGGAUAUCCAAUAUCGAGGUUUUCAACAGGUUUUUCACACGUUUGAUAUCAAAAACAGAAAAAUCAAAGAAACCAUACCGCAUAAUGUUCCAAGAGACAAACCUGAGAAACCUGCUCGAAGGUCAAAAGAAGGGAAAGCAAACAAAGAACCUCCGAAAAUUGAUUAUCAUUGCUCAUUAUGCUCAAAGUGUCAAGAUCUAUCGGUCAUGGAGGAGAUCCCAUCGGCAGAUUACGUGAUGGUCAUUAUAGUUGGAUGCAUUAUCCGCAAAAAGUACACCAUUGCACAGGCUCAGAUAUUUUUGCAACUAGUCGAAAAAUUCUACAUUUGUCAUGUUCAUUUUCCCGAGGCCUGCAGAGAAAUUUGCAAAUUUCUGGAAAUAUCAAAUUUGAGAAACGUUUAUUCGUGUAGACUGGAGCUGCUGAAAGAACUGAUGCCAAUUGUGAGACGCUUGUUCCCUGAAUACUCAUCGGCUAAAUUUCAAAUAACUGUAGCCAACUUCAAUGAGAAAUACAAGGAGAUCAUUGAAUCGACUUCUACUGAAAAAACUGAAAAAGAUGAAGAACUUGAAACACCUAAAAAUGUGACUUGUAAACCGAAAAAUGCUGCACUUAUCGAGUUAGAGAAACAGGGAUUUUGCACGGUCUACAAUACCGCCAAAAUCAUUAAUCCAAAUCUCAGAAAAUACCAAAACGAGUCAUAUGUAGAUUUCACGCAAUGCACGUUGUGCUCAAAGUUGAAAAGUCGAAAUGAACUGAGAAGAGUAAUUGCUGGAGAUCGAUUAGUGAUAAUGGCUGGACAUGUGCUAUCCGGAAAGUACAGCACAUCUCAGAUUCAGGCGCUGAUGAAUAAAAAAGAAAACAUUGCCUGCCAUUCUCACUUCUCAGAAGGAAUGCGUGGUAUUUUGAGAACUUUAGGUGUUAAUAGUAUUGAAAAUGUCACCAGAAGUCCAAUGAAUCGGAUAUCUUUUUUGAUGGAAACUGUCAGUGCAUUGAGUUCUGCAUCUGCGAGUGCUUAUAAGGCAUUUUUCACUAUCUUAGAUAAAUUUUACGCUAAAAAUGCUGAUAUCUUGUCCAACCCUGUUGAAUGA